AUGGCUGAUGCUGCUAUUACUCUUGCGCGUGAACGCCUUGCGGCCAAGUUUGGUGACGUCCGUACGGGCGGUAAAGGUUCAGUACGCCGAAAACAUAAAGCUGCUCACAAGACCGCGACGGCUGAUGACAAGAAGUUGGGGGCGACGUUGAAGAAAUUGGGCGUCACUCCAAUUCCUGGUGUUGAAGAAGUGAACCUCUUUAAAGCUGAUGGACAGGUUAUUCAUUUUCAGGGCCCAAAGGUCCAAGCGUCGAUUGCAUCCAACACGUUUGCUGUCAGUGGUUUCAACCAGACCAAGUCGCUACAGGAGCUUUUGCCGGGCAUUAUCAACCAAUUGGGCUCGGACAAUCUUGCUAACCUGAAGCAAAUUGCCGAGUCGUAUACGGCUGCUCAGAAGGCCGCCAAGGCCGCUGCUGCUGACGACGAUGAUGACGAGGUCCCGGAUCUUGUGGACAACUUUGAGGACGUUAGUCAGCAAGAUUAA